AUGGCUAAUUCAAAAUAUGGAUAUGUCCGCUCCUUUGAGCAGCCCGAUGUGUUGCUGUCCAACACUUGGAUCGUGGUGCGGAUAGAUGGCCGUGGGUUUUCGAAGUUGACAACCAAAUACAAGUUCGUCAAGCCAAACGAUCGCGAUGCGUUGGACCUUAUGAAUGAGGCCGCCGAGGCCGUCAUGAAGGAGUUGCCAGACCUCGUGAUUGCAUACGGCAACAGUGAUGAAUACAGUUUUGUCUUCCACAAGGACUGCAUGUUGUUUGAGCGAAGAGCAAGCAAGCUCACCACCACAAUCGUCUCUACUUUCACAUCGUACUACGUCUUCUUGUGGUCAAAGUACUUCCAUCAAAAGCCACUCACGCCACCUCUGCCUUCGUUCGACGGACGAGCAGUAUGCUACCCAAGCGACGCCAAUUUAAGGGAUUACAUGAGCUGGCGUCAAGUUGAUUGUCAUAUCAAUAAUCUCUACAAUACGACGUUCUGGACCCUUGUGCAGCAAGGCGGCAUGGGACCUCAGGAAGCCGAGCAAAGACUGUCAGGCACUGUCUCAGCAGACAAGAACGAGAUCCUCUUCAAGGAAUACGGUAUCAAUUACAACAAUGAGCCUGAGUGUUUCAAGAAAGGCACGAUUCUCUAUCGAGACGUAAGUUGA